GCGCAGUACUUUGAGUGAAAAAUAAAUGACGUUGUGAUAAGAUUUUUGUAAUGGUUUCCAAAUACGACAUUGAAAUUGAUAAUGGUGUGAAAAUGACGUAUAAAACCAAAUGGUGUUUGAAAUUUGUAUAUUCAAAUGAGGAUUUGUUUAAUUCUUGACCGGGAUGAAUGCAAAAUAAGAUGAAAUGAAGAAAAGUAAUUCUAAUGAUAACCAUCAGGAUGGACAGGAGCAGUCUAAAAAACUUUAUCGAUCAAUCAGCGAAAGUGCCAGGCGCUUAGAUGAUGCUCACAGUUGCGCGCAUUACGUGGGAGAUCUGUUCACCCCAACCUUGCAAAUCCAACGCAGCAGAUUCCAAGAAUAUUGUGAACGAUUAAUAUUUUCUGAUCCAACUUUAUUUGGAAGAAAAGCGGAAGAGUUGUUAUGGCGGAAGUGUUAUUACGAUGUUAUAUCGGCCGCAAAGAGAUUGAAGAAAAAAGAAUUCACUCCGAAAGAUAUAUCGAACAUAGAAACGCAUAUUAAUGCGGGAGUAGGACAUUAUCACCAUUUCAUUUUACGCCUACAAUAUCAAUUUCAACUGGAUGUCAAAGAUGUUGUUGAUUUUGCGAUGUUUCAAAACAUUCUGAAGAAGUCAAAUACGUGCACGAGCAAGCCCGAAUUAGAAUGGGCGCAGCAAUCUGUUCAUCGUUGCUUGAUAUAUUUAGGAGAUUUAAACAGAUAUAAAUUAGAGAUUUAUCCAACUUGGGAUCCAGGAUUAUCCAUUCGUUGCUAUUUGAGAGCCAUUGAGUUUAAGCCGGAAUAUGGCAUACCGCAUAAUCAAAUGGGUACUUUAGCAUCAAAUCAAAAUCGUGUUUUGGAUGCGGUUUACCAUUAUAUAUGUUGUUUAUCUUGUAAAGUUAUAUUUGACGGAACGGAAAACAAUUUGUUGAGAUUAUUUGAAAAAAACUCCCAUACUUUAGAAGAGUUUCCUUCUGAAAACAAAAAUGCCGACUGCAUAGUACAACUAGAACCGGCCGACCACAUUAAGCGAUUGGUUGCACGAUUUCUAUUUUUGGUAGAGAUGUGGUAUUUUAAUAAAAAUUUUGCAGAUGUGUAUACUCUAUGCCAUCAAACCAAUGUAGACUUACAGGAGUGCCUUUCAUACUUGAAAUCUGUUUCAAAUGAUAGUGAGGAAAGUCCGACCGAUGCAGACUCGAUACAUACUGCAGAUUCAGUUUCUUCCCCAGCACAUUUAAGCGAUGACACCGUUUUUAAAAUUGUUGUAAUAUGCUUACUUUGCGUAUCAAAAGUGCAAAAAUUGCACAACAAUCAAAUCUCGACAGUUGUCGCAUUCACCUUGGCAGUUUAUUCUCAGCUGUUACAAAUAAUUACCGAUCACCUAAGUGAAAACUUAUUACCUUUUAUACCCGAAGAACCUGACCCUAAGAUAAUCAAUGGGGUUAAGUAUCCGAAGGUUCAAGAAAGCAAGACAAAAGGUAAAAUUCGUAGAAGACGAAAAAAGAAAUUAUCAAGUGACGAAUCUGAUGUUUCCGAUUUGGACGAAGAAAUUCAUUCAAAUUCGGAUGCGUCUACCUAUGGCUCUGACAAAGAACUUAUGAGCUCUUCAGAUUCAGACGAAGAUGACAUUUUAACAAACAAAUUAUCUGGCAGAGUGGAAGAGAAAAAUGCCGCGAAUAUAACACAGCAGUUGGAUUUUAAUAAAUCGGUAACUGAAUUGGCAAGAAAAGUUAGACAGAUUGAUCCAAAUGUUGUACUAGAUGUGGUCUCUGAAGAAAAAUUAUUAUCAACUGUUAAAAUUUUGAGCGAAUGGUUCAUUGGUGAUGUGGAAAUUGUAAAAUCUUGCGCGAAAAGUACACGAUCUUUGUUAAAACAAAUCGUUCAAUUAUUAAACUUUUUGAACAUUGAUUUCCAACAUGAGAGAUUAUCAGAUAUGAAAUAUUUAACUGAGCAAGAUAAAGGCCAACAAAAAUGUUUAUCUGAAGAAUUAGCACUCAAAGGCGUUAAUAUCCAAAAUAAUCAGUUUGUUGAUUCACUUCACCAUAACAAACACCUAUCUAUUAAAGAAGAAACUUUUAUUAGAAUGUCGAGGCUUGUGUCAUUUGGCCAUUCACUGGCUAAAAUACCCGAGACCUGUAUUCAUUUUAAUGAUGGCUUACAACAAUUUACAUUGCAAGAAGUUGAAAUAGAGGAGACUAAUGGCGUCGACAUUUUAAAUGGAGGAACGGGACUCAAUGACACAGAUUCAGAAAAUACACUCACAGGAAUGAAAAUACCAACAGACAAUAACGAUUCAAAUGGGCAGCUAACAAAAAUGAAACAUAUGGGACAAUUAUGGUUGGCGGCGGAAGUUAGGGCGCUCGAAAACAGGGUUAAGAGCAAGACGUCACUUUCACCCUAUUUAGUUUUGGAUGUGGAUUCUCUGAUACAGUCGACAGCUAUUAUAAAACAUCUGGUUAACUCUAAGAAAUUUAUUGUCGUGAUACCAUCAGCAGUGGUAUCUGCCUUAGACGAUCUAAAACGAAUCAAAUCAGAAGCUAGAGAUGCAAUUCGUUGGUUGGAGUUACAAUUUCAUCACGGGAACAGAUUUUGUCGCGCUCAACGGCCUCAAGAACGCACUUCUCUUCCAUUUAUUAAGUAUCCAAAGAAGAAAGAUAAGGAACUGUUUACUUAUAUACAAAUCAUAGAAUGUUGCCAUCAUUUUGUUCAACAACAAAACUUAAGUAAUUUAGUUACAUUACUGAUUGGACGAAAUGCGAUAUCAAAUUCAGAAAAUCGAGAGAUCAGUUAUACUGGUUUAGCGCAUUCUGCGGGAAUUAAUGUUGAGGUUGUAACUAGUUUUUAUGAAAAGUGGAAAAAAAAUGUCAAGGGAAAAAAGUGAGCUGUGGUGCCAUCAAAUCUUUCUUCUAAUUCAUAUUUACAAAAUUAGUUGCAUUUUUUAAUAUCAUUUGUAAAGUCAAAAGUUCCAGAACUUUUCAGACGUUAGUAAAUGUUCAUUUUUUUUGCACAUGCAUUUAAACCUAUUUUUAGUAUAUUACCUACAGUUUUUAAUCUUAUAUUAAAGUUAUGAAUUUGUUGUAGACAAUUAAUUAAUUAAAGUGUUUUGCAACA